AUGGCAUCCUACGGCAGCGAUGUCGAAGACGACGAGGAAGAUUUUAACCCCGCGCCUGAAAUUGACGAGGAUGACGUCGCUCCGAGCAAAAGUGCCUCGCGCAGGCCAGCCGCUGAGGAUGACGAGGAUGAGGUCGAUGCGCCUACCAUGACCGGCAACGACGACGAGGAUGAAGAAGGCGGGGGUAUAGACAUCGACAAUGACGACGAUGAUGACGACGAUGACGAUGAGGAAGACGAGGACGACGAGGACGUAGUGGCCCGACCCUCAAAGCGGAGAAAGAAGGCCAAGCGCAACAUGUUCAUCGAUGUCGAAGCCGAAGUCGACGAAGAUGAAGAGGAGGAGGAAGAGGGUGACGACGAGGGCAUUGACGAAGUCCACCCCGAUGACCUUUUGGAGCCCACAGGCGCCGACCUCGACGACCGCCACCACCGCGAGCUUGACAUGCGCCGCGAAGUCAAUGCUCAACGAGAUGUCGAAGAAAUCGCAAAGGAGUUCGACGAGAAGUACAGGCGGAGACAGAUGCAAAGCACUCGCCGCGGCGGUGCUGGCGCUGUUCCUCUGGCCCUACCCACGGUCGACGAUCCGUCCAUUUGGGGUUGCAAGUGCCGUCCUGGAAAGGAGCGAGAGAUCAUCAUGGCCAUUCAGAAGCGAAUCGACGAGAAGCUGCGCGCUGGCAUGGGAGUGCAGGUAUAUUCAGCUUUCGAGCGAGGCCCUUCAGGACCUCAGUCUGGUUUCCUAUACGUCGAAGCCGAUUCAAAGCAGGCCGUUGUGGAGCUGAUUGAGGGCAUUCAGAAUGUCUUCAUGGGCUCCGGCCAGUUCUCUAUUCCCCCCAAGGAGCGUCCAGAUCUGCUCCGAAAGAAGAAGCGCGCACCCCUGGAAGUCGGCAAAUUUGUGCGCAUGCAGCGGCCACCUACAUACAAAGGCGAUCUUGCAAAGGUUGUCGAGGUUUCGACUAAUGGUCUUGACUGUGUCGUGCAAUUAGUGCCCCGUCUGGACUAUGGAUUGAACGACGACGCCAACGCCGCCGUAGACAACAAGCGGAAGCGAGGUUUCUUCGGAAAGCAGACCGAGCGCCCACCCGCGAAACUCUUCAACGAAGCCGAAGCGAAGAAGCGACACAUGAAGCAUCUCAGCAUGACUGGUUCCGGUAACCAGAGGGCAUACACAUACAAGGGCGAAGAUUACCAAAACGGUUUCUUAAUCAAGGAGGUCAAGGUCAACUGGGUCAGCACUGAAAAGGUCAAUCCCAAGAUGGAGGAGUUGCAGUUCUUUUCCAUCCAGAACGCUGAUGGUACCGAGACUAUGGAUCUCAUGGCUGUCCAGGCUGCGCAAAAAGCUGCCGACUCGGGCUCUGCCUUUGCCGCUGGAGAAAAUGUCGAGAUCUACACUGGUGAACAGAAGGGCAUUCGCGGUACCACUGUCACAGUAACAGGUGACAUUCUUACUCUCCGAGUCAGCGAAGGUGAUCUCAAGGGAAGGAGAAUUGAUGCCCCUGUCAAGACCCUUCGCAAGCUCUUCCGCGACGGUGACCACGUCAAGGUCAUUGGUGGAAGUAAAUACGUCGAUGAGGUCGGUCUAGUUACAAGGAUCAGGGACGAUAAGAUUACCCUGCUCUGCGACUCGACCCAGCAGGAGAUUACCGUCUUUAGCAAGGACCUAAAGCGCGCUGCUGAUUCGGCAAACGUUGGUGCCGACUCCAACUUCGACCUAUACGACUUUGUGCAGAUUGAUGCCUCAACCAUUGGCUGUGUAGUCCGUGUCGACCGUGAGGUACUGCGGAUAGUUGACCAACAAGGCGAUGUUCGUACACUUCUUCAUACUCAGGUCUCGCAAAUUGUCGGAAGGAACAAGCACGCGGUAGCAACCGACCGCGACGGCCAUGAGAUCCGACACGAGGACGACGUCAAGGAGUACGGUGGGGAACAACGACAAGGCAAAGUCCUGUAUAUCCAUAGAGGUGUGCUCUUUGUCCGCAACCGCGAACUGGUCGAAAACCAAGGUAUCUUCGUUGUACGCAGCAACAAUGUCGUCACCAUGGCAGCCAAGAGUGGUCGGGCUCAAGCACAAGGCCCAGAUCUCAGCGGCAUCAAUCCUGCCCUCAACGCAGGUGCGAACACUACCGGUAUGCCUCCACCUCGUGCCUUUACCGGGCGCGAUAGGUUGAUCGGUAAGACUGUCGUUAUUCGAAAGGGUGCUUACAAGGGUCUUUUGGGUAUCGUCAAGGACACCAUGAACGACGAGGCUCGUAUCGAGCUUCAUACCAAGAACAAGCAGGUCUCCGUUAAGAAGGAGCUUCUCACUGUCAAGGAUCCCAUCACCGGUGCCAGCGUGGACAUGGGAGGCAAGUUCCCCAACCGCUCACGUGGUGGUGGCGCUGGCGGCUACUCUGGCGGAGGUGGCCAAACGAGCUACGGUGGUGCAGCAGGUGGACGUACACCAGGCUGGGGUAACUCUGGUGGAGGUGGUCGUACACCCGGUUGGGGCGGUGGGGGUGGCGGUCGUACCCCAGGAUGGGGAGGCGCUGGUGCCGCUGCUGGAGGCCGAACACCUGGCUGGGGCGGAGACGGCGGACGCACAGCUUACGGUGGAGGCGACGGAUCACGGACUGCCUACGGAGGCGGCGAUGGCUCGCGGACAGCCUAUGGCGGCGCUACCGCAUACGGCGGUGCAACCUCGUAUGGCGGAGGAACGGCAUACGGAGGAAACGACGGAAACCGCACCUCCUACGGUGGCUUCAACUCCGGCGGCCGCACACCUGGCUGGGGUGGUGGCGGCGGCGCAUCAGGAACCACGACAUCAAAGUCUGGUGGCCUCUCUGCUCCAACACCUGGUGCUUACAACGCCCCCACUCCAGGCGCCUAUGCUGCACCCACCCCAGGUGGCUACGGCGCAUACUCUGCUCCUACACCCGGUGGUCCCCCAAUGGACGCUCCCACACCUGGCAACUACACUGCACCUACGCCUGGCGAUACCUCUGGUGGUAGGUAUACCGCCGCUCCUACGCCUGGUGCUUGGGAUGUUGCGACACCAGCCCCCAGCGGCGAUCCAGGCUAUGACUAG